CACCCAAAGAGGUCAUAGAUUCUCGUCAACAACGACAACGGACCUCUCCCUCUCGCUCAAAUACUUCUGAUGACUGGAGCCGCUCAUUAAAUCACUUAUAUAAUUCACCUUGACUGGAACUUUACUUAAUUUAAAAUCGUAUCUUAGAUCCUCGAGAAACACUGACUGCUGAGGUGAAAAAAAACUCUUCUUUAUGACACUGCGUAAUGCAUCGAUAUAGACCAUGGUGGCCCAUACGGUUCUCCUUGAUUUUACCAUCCCUGACAACAUCAUCAUCGAUCCUGAGAAGAGGUCGAACCUAAAAUCUACCAUUGCCAAUGUAUUGUGUGAAUACUUGGUUGGCCUGAAACUCUUAAUGGAGUCGAAUUUAGAUGGCAGCUGGAUAGUACUUUAUACAGGUCCAAGAGAUAGCUUGGUUACAAUUAGAGGGUACACUGAAGGCCUAGUUACCUUAAACAUUGAAUACUUCAAGCGGGAUGACGAGGCCCCUCUUCUUACAUUUGAGUCGACGAAAGUCUUGGAGGUGGCACUGCAAGCAGCGGUUUUCGCCACACGGUCGCACACGCUUAUCCCGAUUAAACGGGGCGGCCCAUUCGAGAGAUACUAUCCCACCUCCGAUGAAAGACUAUUGGAGUACGACAUCGACAAAUUGGUCUUCGAUGCCAGAUCGCCGUACCAGAAAGUGCAAAUUGUCCACUCGAAGUCCCUUGGCAAUAUGUUGGUCCUCGAUGAGCUACAAAAUAUGUCCGAAGCAGAUCUCAUUUAUACAGAGACCCUGAUGCAACGUGGCAAGGAGAGCUACGUCGGAAAAGAAAUCGUCAUUCUAGGAGGGGGCGAUGGCGGUCUUCUCUGGGAAUUGUUAAAGGAGAAACCAAAGUUCGUGACGAUGCUCGAGAUCGAUGACAUCGUCAUGAAAGCCUGCAGUCAGCACAUGAGAAGCGUAUGCGGGGAUUGCUUGGACAAAAGAAAGGGAGACAAUUACGAGAUCAUAGUGGGCGAUUGCGUGAAAGCCCUGGCGCACAUGAUCGAGGAAGGUCGUCGUUUCGAUUACGUCUUCGGCGACCUGACGGACAUUCCAAUUGGCAAGACACCCCAGGGAGACGCCUGGGACUUUAUCAGAUUGAUCCUGAACUCGUCGAUGAAAGUGUUGAAGCCCACCGGAAAAUACAUGACCCAUGGUAACGGCGCUUCUUGCCCGGAGUCCUUGAAGAUGUACGAAGAGGUGCUCUCCCAGCUGUGCGUCCCGGUGACGUUUUCAAAGACGUGCGCCUUCGUCCCGUCGUUCUUCGAGGACUGGAUCUUCUACCAGGUCUCGUUGAAAUGAUCGAUGACGCGGAGCCGCGAGUUAUUGGAGAACCCACGGAGGCGCACUCACAGACUUCUGUACCCCUUAUGACCCAAGCUGCGCUUUAGCUCUAGACGACUAAUCGAUCGUUGAGUUCCUCUUCACAGCCAAUCUAACUUUACACGUACAAAGGCGAGCCAGAGGCCUCUUCCGGCCGCGCCAAAAAGGGUUUCGCAAAUCUUAGGAACGAGGUCUCCCUCCGACUUCGGGUACCCUGGACGGCUGAUUGUUACGCUACGGUAUGAGAUCGAUCAAAGAACAAACGGUUCGAAUUCUCUUGGCAAGACGCAGAGAAGGCCGCUGAAUGCGAACCCGAGAACGAAACGUGCGAAACCGUCUUCUCCUCGGGAUUACAUAUUUCUUCACGCGCGCGGUGGCGUAUGUUCAUGUUUAUUCUUCACGGUCACGACUGUGGCUUUAUUAUACAAGCUAUCGAAAUUACGGACGAUGGACGUUUGCGUCGAUCGUUGCGGAACGCAACGGUCGACGCAAAUUGCUCCUAGAAUUAGGAGAUAAUCGCUUACGUUAUGAGGACGAGGCUGGCACUCGCGGUAACGGAACGAGAGACCGACGAAUUGUAUCUACGAGGAGCGAACUCGAGACGUUCCAUUAGUGAAUUUCUUUCGAUAUUUAUUCGACCGACUUCUUGAAAAAUCCUCUUUAAGUUAGAGGGCAAUUAACAAAAUACUUGAGAGUAAGGAACGUUCUGGUAAAUUCGUCAUCGCGGUUGUAACGUUUCGAUUUGACGCGGUUUUAUUGCUGAAAUAUUACGAGGAUAGGAAAUGAUCGAAUCACCGAUCGAACGUUCCCCGAAUAUUUUCCAAAGGCGAAACGGAAUAGGAGGCGAAGAGAAGAAUUCGGAGCGAGGAUCCGAAAUGCCUCUUCGAGUUUCUGUACGUAGAAGUUCCGAUGGAAUUGAACCGAGAAUUUAGACGACUCGUCCACUCUCUGAGCGUCGAGUGGCGACGGAAUUGAAUCGAUUAUUUAUACCGUUUUUCUUAUAUCUCUGUGCAAUAUCUCAUUUCAUUGAACGACUUCAUUAACGAUACGGAGCUGGAAAUUUAACGUAGUUGCCGGUCGAGGCUCCUACACCUUCGAUCGGGCGAAGGGCUCUUCCUUCGAUGUGUAACUUUCAGCGAGGAAUUUUAUCACAUUCCAUAACUUGAUUUUUUAACCAGCUGUCAGACGCGGACUGAUCAUAUUUUUCAAGAUGACCAGUUCUUUGGAACAUAAAAAUAAAGGGAAAAAAUAGGUUAACAGUGUUUUGUCCUUGAGUGUGGAACGCGGCGGUUUUAGUCGACCAAUUAUAUCGGCUUUGGAGAAAGCCAAUGAAACUGGUAAUUAAUUGCGUCGCCGUGAAUUUCAGUGACCUGUAACUGCAGCCUAAGGAAACGCUUUUCGAAGGAUCACGCCCUUGUAUUGUGGGAUUAUAUAGUAUUGCUAACAUAGCUCAUAAGUUAAACCUGAAUUUAAGAUGGAAAGUGGACACUUUUGUCCAUUUGAGAGAGAGGGAGAGAGAGAGAUACGAGCUGUAUUAAUUUCUUUUGUAAUCUAUGUAUCGCGUGCACGCGAAUGCGCGCCAUUUCUAACGUCCUUAACGAUGUCUCGCGACUAUUGCGCGACUCGCGCGUUAUCUUGCACUCCUCGGCACCAAAUCCAUGGACCGCCUUAAUUACUAAUCCACUUUGUCAGUACAAAUACUACGAAUCAUACUUGAACUCACUUCCCAGCGAUUUCAAUUAGUACCUUCAAUUAUUGCUAAAGUUAGAUUGGUAUAAGAUUAAAAUAAGAAUGACAGAAACCGUGCGAAGUUGGUAUUGUUGAUUGACUUCGGACUUCCCGUUCGAAUAUGACAAAUGCGUUGUAAUCUACGUCGUGUGUGCAUCGCUAAGAGUAUGCGAGUGUUAUCGGUUGAUUAUUAUGGAUAAUGUUAGAACGAAGGGGUAAAUACAAACGAUGACUCCAG